AGGAAAAUUUUUUGACUCAUACACUUUGUUAAAAACAACAAAAACUCCUAGACUAACCUUAAAAGGAAAACAUAUUUUGACAAAAUUUUUUUUUAAAUUCUUUUAUUUUGAGAAAAACAGUGAAAGUAUUUCUUUCUCACGUGUUUCCUAAGUAACUUUCCUAAGUAGUAUAACAGGAUACCUCUAAAAUCAUCACCUAAAUAAAAAAAAAAUCAAAUCAUGGCCACUUGUGACUUAUAUGAUGUCUGGUCCAAGGCUUGUAAUAACUAUGACUUGCCUGAGGCUAGCAUACGUUCCUGGUAUGAACGCAUUAAGACCAAGUUAAGCGAUGAAGACAGCAAACGGGUCUAUCACAAUUGGUCAUUCAUGAUGGCCCACAAGAGGCCCGAAUUGGAGAGGGCCAAGCCCCACAUAGUUUUGGCCGCAUUCUUUCAGUACUAUGAGUUUGAUUUGCAGAAAAAUUGUGUAGCCGAGAAUUGUGAAAUAUUUAGGGAAUUUUGUCGUGAUGCAAUGGUAGAAGAUGAUGAUGUGAAACAAAUCGUAUGCCAUUUAUUGGGCGAGAAGAGUACAGAGCCUAUACCCUCAGAUAUUGAAGAUGACCAGGCAAAACUACAGGAUUUAGAUUUGUUGAUUUUGGCAUCUCCCACGGAUGUUUAUAAAAACUAUGCUGAAUUGUCACGCCAGGAAUGGUUAAAUGCUGGCAAAACUAACUAUGAGGAACUGAGACGUAAAACCUUAACUGCCUUAUUGGCCUUGGAUAUUUACCAGACUUCCGACUUCAAUGCCAAAUAUGCCAAAUCGGCUCGUUCGAAUAUCGAGCAAGAACUAAAAGAUUUGGAAUAAUUUGUAGUUAGGAUGUUGUUGGUUUUUUUUUGUUUUCGUAUAGGAAAUGUGUUUUUCUUAGAUAGU